AUGUCGGGCGAAACACAUGCUGCAACCGAGGAAAAUAAGGUCCGGUACCGACGGACGCAAAGCGUUACCCGUGCGGAAGAGAUCACCAAAAAGGAGUCGGAACAGCGCAAAUCACAACCGGACAAACCAUGCCACCGACCGCGGGAUUCGCUGUUCUCCUGGAGCUCCGGUUUCGACAAUUUCACCGGUCUAGUCAAUUGGGGCUUUCUGCUGCUCACGAUGGGAGGCAUUCGGUUGGUGCUCGAGAACUUUAUCAAGUACGUACUGGCAAUGAUGCCACCGGAUUAUGUUCAUUUCUUAACGGUUGUGUUCGAUCUCGUCAGAUACGGUAUUCGCGUUGAUCCGGUACAGUGGUUUACGGUUCUUACUGGGAAGGGUGAAGGUGAAGGUUAUCCAUCGCUGUUGCUUGUGAGCUACUCUCUGGUGCCGGUGAUGAUCUGCCUGAUGAUGGAACGAUCUCUAGCGAGCGACAUUAUUCCCGAAAGUGCCGGAAUGACGGUACACAUCAUCAACAUCAUUGUGCUGGUGCUGAUCCCGAUGGUUGUGAUACACGUGAAGGGACAUAUAUUUAGCUUAGUGGGAGCUAUGACGGUAUGUUUCAUCUAUUGCAUACUGUUCCUAAAGCUUUGGAGCUACGUGCAGGUGAAUUUGUGGUGUCGCACGGAAAAGAAGCAGCACCGACACAGUCGUUCCGGUCGGCGACAAAGCAUCACGAUAGCUCAGUUGCAGAAUGGACGGGAUCAGGAAGCAGAACGGACGGCAAACGGUAACGCGACCGGUUAUUGCAACGAUAAGGACAAAGUACCGGACCUGAUACACUACCCGGACAAUCUGCAUCCGGUCGAUCUGUUCUACUUCCUGCUGGCGCCCACCCUUUGCUACGAGCUUAACUUCCCCAAGACGAACCGGAUCCGGAAGCGGUUCCUGAUCAAGCGCAUGCUGGAGGUGGUGAUCGGUGUGCACAUCGUGAUGGGACUGUUCCAGCAGUGGAUGAUCCCAUCGGUGCGGAACUCGCUCGUACCGUUUUCAAACAUGGAUCUCACGAAAACGGCCGAACGAUUGCUGAAACUUGCCAUUCCAAACCAUCUGAUGUGGUUGUGCUUCUUCUACCUAACGUUCCAUUCCUUCCUGAACCUAAUGGGGGAGCUGCUACACUUUGCCGACCGUAACUUCUACAGCGACUGGUGGAACGCGAACAAUAUUGACACGUUCUGGCGCACCUGGAACAUGCCCGUGCACAAAUGGUGCGUACGCCAUUUGUACAUACCGGUGGUGGAGCUAGGCUACUCCAAGGUGGCCGCCUCGGUGAUUGUCUUCUUCUUCAGUGCCUUCUUUCACGAGUAUCUCGUAAGUGUGCCGCUCAAAACGUUCAAGGUGUGGGCCUUCACCGGUAUGAUGGCGCAGAUUCCGCUCUCGUUCGUCGCCAAGUACAUGGAGACGAACUACGGUCCACGGUGGGGCAAUAUGCUCGUGUGGGCUUCAAUUAUCUUGGGCCAGCCGCUCGCGAUCAUGAUGUACUAUCACGACUUUGUCAUCACCAACUACAACGAUGUGCUGGUGUAGGACC